AUAAGGUCAUAGCACCGAUCUGAGGGGCGACUCCUGGUCGAGGUAUAACAAUCAUCUCUCCUUCUGACAUCGUUCACUGACUCGUCCGUCUGAAGAGAACUCAACAGCAGCGUCUGACAACUUCUCCAACAAAGGAGAUAUCAUGUUCAUAAACCUGAUCUGUGUUCAGAUGGCCGCCAGGAGCCAGAUCACGGUUCUGCUGCUGCUCUUCCUCCUGUCGACUGAACACAGUUUUGCUGGGACCCAGAACAAACUUACACCGCUGGUAAAGGAACUCUUGAGCAAGUACAGAGUAGGAGGUAUGUUCAGUCUGGCUGUGAGUAUCCCGCUGAACCAGAACCAG